CGGAAGACGGAUAUCCAGCUGUUUAGACACGCGGGUUGAUUAGAACUGUUCCGUUUUUAAUCAGGUUCUAAAUCAGGUUCUUAUCAGGCUUUGGUCUGGUUCUGUUCAAGCUCUUUUCGGGUUUUGCUCAGUUUCUAAUCAGGUUCUGUUCUCUUCAGUGUGUGGGUUUGAAUUUGGGUGUGAUUAAGUGCCAUGAACCAGAAUGUCUCUGAUCAACAUCCAGAAGAAGAAGCAUGGGGAGGAUGCUGCGGUUCAGGGCACUAACGACAGCAGUGUGGUCAGUAAGGUGUCCGCAGCAGCUCGAGGCUACUUUCACGAUGACUUCCUGAGACAUUUUGUGGGCAAGGUGUCUCGAAGAGCUCCUCUCAUCAACAGGGGCUACUAUAUUCGCUGGAAAGCUGUGGACCACUGUGUGAAACAAUUCUUACGUGUUACAGAUGGCUGUGAAAGGAGACAGAUCUUGUCUUUGGGCGCAGGCUUCGACUCGCUUUACUUCCGGCUUCAUGCGGAAGGCGUGCUGGAGCGGGUUAGCGUAUAUGAGGUCGAUUUCCCUGAGGUUGCCAGGCGCAAGGCAGCUUUAAUCAGCGGCACUCAUUCUCUAAAAGAUGCUCUUCCUGAUUGUGAAAUCUUAGCAGGCCCUGUGUACGUGAGCAGUGCUUAUUAUAAGCUGCUAGGCGUGGAUGUAAGGAACGAAAAGGAAGCGGAGGAGGCUCUGAGUGCAGCUGGAUUGCAGUGGAGCUCCCCACUGAUUCUCUCAGAGGUGGUGCUCACUUAUAUGGAAACCUGCUGGUCGGAUGCUGUGAUUGGCUGGGCAGCGCGCAUCUUCCCUCAGGCUAUGUUUGUGAUGUAUGAACAGAUACGGCCAGGCGAUCCCUUUGGCACCGUUAUGCAGAACCACUUCCUGAAGCUCAACUCUAAAAUUCAUGCUCUCUGCCAGUACCCAGACACAGUAGCACAGACGGAGAGAUUUCUGGGAAGGGGCUGGGAGAAAUGUGUAUGCUUGGAUAUGAACCAGUUCUACUUUGGUCUUCUCACAAAGAACGAGAGGGAGAGGGUCGAAAAGUUGGAGCCGUUUGAUGAAUUUGAGGAAUGGCAUCAAAAGUGCUCUCAUUACUUCAUCCUUACUGCCUCCAAAGGGUCUCUGACCAGUCAGGUGGUCCUCAUAUUCCCGAAAGAUACUCCCAUUCCUGUGAUCAAGCCUGAUGUAGAGGAUCAGCCUGUCACAGUACGGGUCAUGGCUGAAUCUCUGUGUGUAGAGGCUUUGGGAAUGGCCUCCUGCCUUUUGGAGCCUGGAGUCAUGCUCCUUACAGGGGGCUGUGGCAGACGAGGCCGAAACACUGCAGUUACACUUUUGAUCAAAGACCACACGGCUUGGAGAUUUGCCACUGUGGAGCCAGGCGGAAAGAGAUGUGUGCGGAUGUACCACUCCAUGACGUUUGUGCCUGGAUGGGGCGCAGUAAUUCUAGGUGGCAGAACUUCACCCCUUAACCCCAUUGAUGAUGUUCUGAGAGUCACCUAUGUGACUGAUCAGUUUAACCACGAAAAUAUGCUUGUAUCUCUGGAGAAAAUGGUUUGUAAUGGCGCAGCCCCAAAGCCAAGAUGGCGGCAUUCAGCGACCUUGCUGAGUCAUGGUGAUAGGAACUACUUAUUUGUUUUUGGAGGCUGUACAGAAAGAGAACUGGUUCUAGGUGAUGCACACUUCCUGUGUUUGGAGGACCAGCAAUGGACUGAUGUCCCACUUAAAGGAUACAUCCCUGAACCACGUCACUCCCACUCCGCUUGUGCCUAUAGACAAGGAUUGGUGGUCUUCGGAGGCCUGGGCCAUGGAGGUAUCCCUUUAGGAGAUCUUGUCCUACUGAAGCCCACGUCCGCUGGGUUCUGCUGGGAAAAGUUGAAUGUUUGCCCUGCCUUGGUACCAAGGUAUUCCCAUACCGCCCAUGUGAUUGGAGAGAAUCUGGUGGUAGUUGGUGGAGUCUGGCUCCAGACAGAUGGUGUCCCGGGAGUUGCCGUAAUAAACCUGACCACCAAAGUCAGUGUUGAAGUCCACGUGGACACAUCAGUGGUCCCCUGGCCCCUCAUGCUACAUUCUUUCUGCUCAGAAGUGCUGGACUCUGACGGAGCUGAGAUGGUGCUUAUUGGUGGCGGAGGAAACUGUUUCUCUUUUGGCACCCACCUCAAUUUCCACCCUGUUGUUCUAGACCUGAGGCCUGUGCUUCAAAAAAUGGCACAUUUAAACCAACCACCUCAGGAAAAAUGAUAGGUAGCUAGC